UGACAAAGUCAGCAGGGAUUUUCAAAUCAAUACGAAUCAAGAAACCGAGUCAAGCAGGCUUUGGUUAGUUGCUUGGUUGGAGUGGAUCAUCCAUUAUGGUUAGUUUAUGGGUUGGUCAGUCUCAGCUGAUUGUGGUGAGAGGUUAGUUGCUUCUUAUUUACAUAUAUGCAGAUCAGCUGCAUCAUAAUUUUCAUUUGAAGUGUAAAAAACAAUAUAAGUGACAUUAGAAAGUGCCCAAACCAUUCCAGAGGUUCUACAUUUAGUGGGGUUCUCCUUGUACUUAUUCUUAACGUCCGCUAGAGGGCAGUGUGCACUUGAGCAUCCAUCACAUAGACUCAGAAUGUGGCAUGCCCACCCCUUGUUCCUCCUCAUAGUGGGAGUUGGGGGCGGCUUCAAGACUUUUAGACUUGGAGACAUGAGUGGAAGUUUCUUUUUUUUUUCAUUCCUCCUUGCACUCGGCUCUGGGAAGACUCGGCCGAGUGCACGCAUGCAGGAUGGACGUGAUUCCGAUGUGCCUUUGGGUCAUUCUGGGAAUAACCGGAGUCCAUGGUUCAAACGUGUGCACCUCGAGGGGCGCGAGCACGUGUAAGCAGUGCCUGGCCGUGCACCCCAGCUGUGCAUGGUGCGUCCAAGAGGAAUUCGGUCACGGGGAGGCCAGCUCGUCCCGCUGCGACCGCAAAGCCAACCUGGUGGCCGCAGGCUGCGCAACUUGGGCCGUGGAGUCUCCGAACAGCAGAUUGCAAGUGAUCGAGGACCGGCCUCUAACCAAGAAGGCGGCGGGAGCCACGCAGGAUGUGACUCAGAUCAAACCGCAGAAACUCCAUAUUACCCUCAGGCCUGAUGACGCCAAGCGCUUCACGGUGAAGGUGCGUCAGGUUGAAGACUACCCCGUGGACCUCUACUACCUCAUGGACCUCUCCUACUCCAUGAACGACGACCUCUACCGCCUGAGGACGCUUGGCAAGGGCCUGGCCGAGGCCAUGAACCGCACCACCAGCAACCUCCGCAUGGGCUUCGGCGCCUUUGUGGACAAGCCCAUCUCCCCUUACAUGUACAUCUCCCCCAAGGAGGCCGUCAAGAACCCUUGUUACAGCAUCAACACCACCUGCCGGCCCCAGUUUGGCUACAAGCACGUGCUGUCCUUGACGGAUAAAGUGAGCCGCUUCACCGAAGAAGUCAGGAAGCAGAUGGUUUCCAGGAACAGGGACGCUCCCGAGGGAGGCUUCGACGCCAUCCUCCAAGCAGCCGUCUGCACGGAACAGAUCGGCUGGCGUCCCGGCGCGUCCCACCUCCUCAUCUUCACUUCGGACGCCAAGACCCACGUGGCGCUGGACGGUCGCCUGGCCGGGAUCGUGCAGCCCAACGACGGGCGCUGCCACCUCAACUCGGCCAACAUGUACAGCAUGUCGACUGUUAUGGACUACCCGUCCCUCGCUCUCAUCACCGAGAAGAUGUCGGAGAACAAUAUCAACCUCAUCUUUGCUGUCACCAACCCCGUGGUCUCUUUGUACCAGAACUACAGCGAGCUGAUCGCCGGCACCACAGUGGGAACGCUCUCCAACGACUCUGGCAACGUUAUCCAGCUCAUUUUGAAGGCUUACGCUAAAAUUCGCUCCAAGAUAGAGUUGGAGGUUCUGGGCGUCCCGGAGGAGCUGUCCUUGUCCUUCAACGCCACGUGUUUGAAUGGAGAAGUCAUCCCGGGGCUUAAGUCCUGCUCCGGACUCAAGAUAGGAGACACGGUGUCUUUCAGCGUGGAGGCCCGAGCGCGAGCGUGUCCCAAACAGAAAAAGAAGAAGACCUUCAUCAUCAAACCGGUCGGCUUCAAGGACUCGCUCUCGGUCAGCGUCACCAUCGAAUGCGACUGCAAGUGUCAGAACAAGGCUCAGGCGCGCAGCCCCAAGUGUCACCACGGCAACGGCACCUUCCAGUGCGGCAUCUGCGCGUGCCACCCGGGGCGCCUGGGCCCGCGUUGCGAGUGCGCCGAGGGCGACUACGACCCGGCCGAGCAGGGCCGCUGCACCGAGUCGGGCGCGUCGGGCGUCUGCAGCGGGCGCGGCGACUGCGUGUGCGGCCAGUGCGUGUGCCACAGCAGCGACUUUGGCAAAGUGUGGGGGAAGCUGUGCGAGUGCGAUGACUUCAACUGCCUGCGCUACAAAGGAGAACUCUGCUCCGGCCACGGCGUUUGCAACUGCGGCUUCUGCCAGUGCGCCCCCGACUGGCGGGGGGAGAACUGCAACUGCUCCACACGGACCGAUACCUGCAUGUCGCACCUGGGAUUGCUGUGCAGUGGGCGGGGCCAGUGCGAAUGCGGCGCCUGCGAGUGCACCCAACCCGGCGCCUACGGAGCCACCUGCGACAAGUGUCCCACCUGUCCUGACGCGUGCACCAUGAAAAAGCAAUGUGUGGAGUGUAAACAUUUCAAAAGAGGCAAGCUGUUCCAGGACAACACCUGCGCUCGCAUUUGUAAGGACGAGAUUGAGCUCAUGGAGGAAUUAGUGCUUCAUGAUACAAACGCGGUGAACUGCACCUACAAGGACGAGAACGACUGCGUGCAGCAGUUCCAGUACUACGAGGACGCCAGCGGAAAGUCCAUCUUGUUUGUCGUCAAGGAGCCAGACUGUCCCGAGGGCCCGGACGUUUUGGUGGUGCUGCUCUCGGUGGCGGGGGCCAUCUUGUUCCUCGGCUUGGCGGCGCUGCUCAUCUGGAAGCUGCUGAUUACCAUUCACGACAGGCGAGAGUUUGCCAAAUUUGAGGAGGAGCGUGCACGGGCCAAGUGGGACACGGGUCACAAUCCUCUUUAUAAAGGGGCCACAUCCACUUUCACCAACAUCACAUACAGAGGGAAAGACUGAAGACUGGGAACAUCUCAAGGUUGAACCAAACUUGGGAAGGUACAGAAUCAUGUGCAGGUCUCUACUGUCACAAAGCAAUCAAUCAUAAGAAUGAUUGUUAUUUUGUAAAUAUGUACAAAUGACUGUGUGGCUUUGGAUUCGUCACAAAAUAAAUGUUGAGCGAUCAUUUGA